AUGGCUGAUGGAGACCUGACAUUAGGAGGAAUUUUCCCAUUGCAUUACAAAGUAGAAAUGCCAGAAACAGAUUACUCAAAGCAACCUUUGACAGCACAGUGUAAAGGAUUUGACCCCAGGGCUUUCCGCUGGGCUUUAACUCUGAGGCUGGCAGUGGAAGAGAUCAACCAGAGGGAGGAUCUGUUACCCAACCACACACUGGGUUACAAAAUAUUUGACUCCUGUUUCACCCCAGUGACUGCCCAGAGAGCAGUGCUGGCAGCGCUGAAUGGGCAGGAUGUCGCACACAGUUCCAUGUGUUCUGGGGCAGGUCCUUUAUUAGCUGUAAUUGGAGAAUCUGGGUCAUCUCAAACCAUUGUACUUUCCAGGACUCUACAGCCCUUCGAAAUCCCACUGAUCAGUUAUUUUUCAACAUGCUCUUGUCUGAGUGAUAGGAGACAGUUUCCAACAUUUUUCAGAGUGGUCCCAAAUGAUGACUAUCAGGUCAAGGCCAUUGCUCAGCUCCUGAGGAAAUUUGGCUGGACUUGGAUUGGUGUUGUCACUGAGGACCAUGCCUAUGGCAGAUUUGCCCUGCAGGGUCUCAAAAGAGAGAUAGAGAACACUGAUAUCUGCCUGGCAUAUCAUGAAAUGAUCCCAAAAGACUUCAAACGGGAACGGGUCCUGGAAAUUCUGAAAGUUAUGAAAAGAUCCACAGCAAGGGUGGUGGUUGUUUUCUCUGUUGAGGGGGAGUUUUACCCCUUCCUUAAGGAGUUUAUGACUCAAAAUAUCACUGGAAUCCAGUGGAUUGCUAGCGAGGCUUGGAUAACAGCUUCAAUGUUAGCAGAGUCUUUCUCCUUCUUAACUGGCACAAUAGGUUUCGCUAUUCGCCAAGGACAGAUACCAGGACUGGGAGACUACCUCAUGACAGUAGACCCAUGGAAGUACCCAUCCAGUCCCAUAGUAAAUGAGUUAUGGGAGUCUCUGUAUAGUUGCUCCCCCUCCCCCUCUGUCCCCUCCAGCAGAAACUCUCAUCUGCCUCCAUGCACAGGACAGGAGAAACUUCAGCUGCAGCACUCUGCCUACUUUGACACAUCCAGUCCUCGUGUGGCCUAUAAUGUAUACAAAGCUGUGUAUGCUACAGCUCAUGCUCUUCAUAAUCUCAUUGUCUGUAAGCCUGGAUCUGGACCAUUCGACCAUUUAUCAUGUGCAAAUAUCAGCAAUGUUUAUCCCUGGCAGUUCCAGCAUUAUCUACAAGACGUUUCUUUUUCUAUCUCUGGUGAAAACAUGAAUUUCGAUGAGAAUGGAGACUCUAUUCCAUCAUAUGAUCUGAUAAACUGGCAGACAGGUCCAGAUGGAGAAAUUCAGUUUGUGAAAGUGGGCUUUUAUGAUGGGAGUAAAGGUGCAAAGGAUGCUGGGAAGGAACUGGUCAUCCAAGAGGAUUCAAUCAUGUGGCCCGGCAAUCAGAAUAAGGUGCUGGUCUCUGUUUGCAGUGAAAGCUGUGUUCCAGGAUUCAGGAAAGCUGUCCAUCAAGGACAGCCUAUUUGCUGCUUUGAUUGCAUACCAUGUGACACUGGCAAAGUUAGUAAUGAGACAGAUUCAGUAGAUUGUACUCCCUGUCCUGAAGAUUACUGGUCAAAUGCUGCAGGAACAAGAUGUAUACCAAAGGCAGUUGAGUUCCUCACCCAUGAUGCAAUGGGGGUGGCCCUGACACUGAUAGCUGUAGUAGGAGCCUGCCUCACAGUUGCUGUGUUGGUAGUUUUCCACUACUACAGAAACACCCCCAUCAUCCGCACCAACAACUCUGAACUGAGUUUCUUCAUUUUGUUCGCUCUGGCUCUGUGCUUUCUCUGUGCUCUGGUUUUUAUUGGAGAGCCCACUUCCUGGUCAUGCAUGCUGCGUCACACAGCUUUCAGCAUCACCUUCUCCCUGUGCAUCUCCUGCAUCCUGGGUAAGACCCUGGUGGUGCUGGUUGCUUUCACUGCAACUCGGCCAGGAUACAAAGUCAUGAAGUGGCUGGGGCCCAAACAGCAGAGAGUCAUCAUCUUCAGCUGUACCAUGGUCCAGGUGAUGAUCGGUGCUGCUUGGCUCAUCACUUCCCCUCCUUUCCCCUCCAGAAACACCCAGUAUCAGCGGUCCAAGAUUAUCCUGGAAUGCAGAGUGGGCUCAGAUGUGGCCUUCUGGUGUGUUCUGGGCUACAUUGGGCUUCAGGCAAGUGUUUGUUUCAUUUUGGCAUUCCUGGCCCGAAAGUUGCCAGGAAAUUUUAACGAGGCCAAAUAUAUCACAUUCAGCAUGCUGAUAUUUUGCGCUGUGUGGUUAGCCUUUGUACCUGCCUAUGUCAGCUCACCUGGCAAGUUUACCACAGCAGUGGAGAUCUUUGCUAUUUUGGCAUCAAGUUUUGGUUUGCUUUUAUGUUUAUUUGCUCCAAAGUGUUACAUUAUUCUACUGAAACCAGAGAGGAACACCAAACAGCAUCUGAUAGGGAAAUGGAUGCAGUAA